AUGCACCUUCAUUUUGAAAAAAAUACAAAUACAAAAUGUGACUGUACAAUUUUAAGUCUGUCAUGGAUGGGAAAAGUUCCUGAUGAACUUCCUGAAGACCAAGGUUGGAAAUUGAACAGAACUAAUUACUAUCAGGAAGGUUGGUUAGCAACAGGAAAUGUGCGAGGUAUCGUUGGAGUUACGUAUACAACCUCCCAUUGCAAUAAGUCGCUGGAUUAUCCACCACGCACGAAUUACAACCUCCGAGGUCAUCGUUCAGAGGUGAUUUUAGUGAAAUGGAACGAACCUUACCAGAAAUUAGCCUCUUGCGACAGUUCCGGAGUUAUUUUUGUUUGGAUCAAAUAUGAAGGAAGAUGGAGUAUCGAACUAAUAAAUGAUAGAAACACAAGAGUGACCCACUUCAGUUGGUCACAUGAUGGACGUAUGGCGCUUAUAUGCUAUCAGGAUGGCUUUGUAUUAGUUGGCUCAGUAGCAGGUCAAAGAUAUUGGUCCUCUAUGUUAAACUUGGACUGUACCAUCAAUUGUGGAAUAUGGACCCCAAACGAUCAGCUGGUGUAUUUUGGAACCAGCAACGGCCAACUAGUGGUGAUGGACGUUCAUGGUGCUAUGAUGGCCCAAGUCGAAAUAGCCAAUCAAGUCGCUGUCACUGCGAUGGCUUGGUCUUGCGAGAAGUUCAAGAUGGAAGAAACUGAUGAUUCAAAUGAUUCAUGUCUGUGUGCAAAAUAUGUAUUGGCUGUAAGUCUAGAAAACGGGACGAUAAUGCUGAUGAAACAUUACUAUGAUGUCUCACCCAUCAGCAUCCAGACUGGCUUGUGUCCAAUUUCUAUCGAAUGGUCAAACAGUAAACAAUUAUUAGCCGUCGCUGGCACAGUCGCUCAUACUGAAUAUACUAACAUAGUUAAGGUUUAUACCGAUUGUGGAAAUCUAUUAUAUACAGCAGUCAUUCCUAAUACAACGUCUGCUGUUACUGCAAUGACUUGGGGACAUAACGAUAAAAGGCUGUUUGUCGCUACAGGCUGUAUUGUCCAUAUGGCUUGGGUUUCGAUGAGAAUAGCUUCUCUCCAGUUAUUAUCCAGCUUACAGGUAUACAAUAGAUUGCAAGGUGGCAUAAACCAAAUACCUUGUCUACCUCUUCCGUUGAGAAUCCAACAUCGCUUGUCAAAACUCUUUGCUCAUACAAUAAGGUGCUGUGUUCCGGAAGGUUCAGGAUUGAGGGAAUUCGUAAGCAAAAGUCCAAAAGUGCGUCUGCAUUGCACAAUGUUAAGACACGAUGAAGAUAUUUCUGCAAAUUGUUACACUUUGUUCCUUGAAUACCUCGGUGGUCUUGUUCCCCUACUCAAAGGGAAGCGCACCAGCAAGCUGAAACCUGAGUUUGUUAUAUUUGAUCCUCAAGUUACAGAUUGUCAGUGCGUAGCAACUGGAAAUAUGACUCUAAAUGCUGUUUGUAGCGGUAGUGAAAGAGAAGAUUCGGAAUGUGAAGAUUCAUAUUCAAGUCCGCGUUUGUCUAGAAAAAAGAAUCGUUACCAUCCUAGAAAAGAAGUGUUAUAUGCAGACACACUUCCUGAGGAAUCUCACUUGGCUGAGGUCACGUCUAACAUAUGGGGAACAAAGUUUCGGAUAAGAGGAAUAGCAAGCUGCUUAGCAGUCAACUUAGGCCAAGUUACUUAUAAGACUAGCCUCCUUCACCUACAGCCGAGGCAGAUGACUUUGCUUAUGGCAGGAGAUGGUCCUUCAGAACCUGGGGUGAGCCAAGUACUGAGCGAUGACGAAGAUGAAGGGAAAGGACUAGAAGACGGAGGAGCAGUUGCAGUUGCCCCUCUGAUGACUAGGUGUCGUGCGCCAACAGGUUACCAAGCAGGAAACGGAAGCAGCACUGAUAAUAAGAUGUCAAGAGCCGAAUGGUUCAUGACUCGUUCAUCGUUCAGAGAUUGUGAAUGUAGUCCUCAAGAAACUAGUACACUUCACGUCGGAGGGCUUAGUAACAGUGAAGAAGGUAGAAGAGGUGUAGUCCGUUCAUGCUCAGUAGGCUAUUUAGACCUGGUAGAAGGAGCUGGGUCGAAUAACAGGCUGGUAUUAGUGAGGCAGGGCCGACCUGCGAAACUGACACAUGCGGGCAAAAGUAGAUCCCUCGAUUCAUCAGAUAUCGGGAAGGGGAUUGCUGGAACUGGAGUGACACCACAUCCUCCACCAAGCAGUUCUCCAGCCAGUCCGGCAAUGGCAAAGAAAAAGAGGAAUCCAAGUUCAUCCCCAAUUAGAGUUCGGAUUCUGAACUCUCCUCUCCUGCCCAGAAGAUUAAGGCCGAGGCGUAAUGAUAAUGAUGGCUACCAAGACUUAGAGAGCUUUCAGAAAGCACAACUUAGGAAUAAGAUAGAAACUACUGCCAAACGGAAAGAGUUUAUAAUGCACAACAAAGCUCCAAUGUGGAAUGAAAACAGUCAAGUUUAUCAGCUAGACUUUGGAGGCCGAGUUACGCAGGAAUCAGCUAAAAAUUUUCAAGUGGAAUUCAGAGGAAAGCAGGUGAUGCAGUUCGGAAGGAUAGACAACAAUGCUUACACUUUAGACUUUCAAUACCCAUUUUCAGCUGUUCAGGCCUUCGCCGUGGCUCUUGCGAACGUCACGCAAAGAUUAAAGUGA